AUUCCACGAGCUUGAACGAAGACGAAGAUAAAACGGUACGAAAUUCCUAAUUGAUGUCUCAAUAAGUCGCUUGAAUCAUACUUCCCAGAUUAAUCCAGAGUUGAGUUCAGUCCAAUUCGUUUGGCCUCUGACUCACCGGCUCUCUCUCGCCGUCGCUGCCACCGCCGGGGAGCGUUCGGAGCUUCUUCUCUCCCUCAGUUUCUCCCCAACCCAUUGCUUACAACAACACAAACCCUGAAAAAUGUCCGGCGGGUUUUUCCGGGGUACGUCUACGGACCAAGACACUCGUUUUUCAAACAAGCAAGCAAAGCUGCUGAAGUCACAGAAGUUCCCUGCUGAACUAGACCAACUGGUUGAUACGACAAAGGUGAAGAUGGACGUUAUCAAGCCGUGGAUUGCUACGAGGGCGACGGAGCUUCUUGGGUUUGAAGAUGAAGUUCUUAUUAACUUCAUAUAUGGCCUUUUGGAUAGCAAGGAAGUGAAUGGGAAGGAAGUUCAAAUACAACUCACUGGGUUCAUGGAAAAGAGUACUGUGAAGUUCAUGAAAGAGCUUUGGACACUACUUCUAAGUGCCCAGACGAAUGCCAGUGGUGUACCUCAACAAUUUUUGGAUGCCAAGGAAGAAGAAAUUAGGAAGAAGAAGGCAGAGACAGAUUUUCUUGCAAAUGAAAUUCAGAAAAAGAGAGAGAAGGAAAAUAAAGAAAUGGAGGAGCAGAGAUCAAAGAAUAUGGACGAUGGGGCUGAAAAGGUGGCCAAUUUUGUAUUGGAGCCUACGUCAAUGAAUCGUCCAGAGGACGAGGAAGAGGCUGAAAAGAGUAAUGGUGUUAGGGGAAGAAGCAGUGAUGGACACAAGUCAAGGAGUAUGUCUCGAUCACCUCAACGACUACGAGACUCCUUUUCACAAGAAAGAUUAUCUAUUAGCCCACGUCGUAGGGACCAUCGUGAUUCAUCCUCUCCUCGACAUAGAUCAUCUGAUUCAAGAAGGUCUAGAUCUACUUCAAAUCGUAAAUCUCUUUCUCCAGUAGUGCAUCAGUUGCGGUCUCCUUCUCAACAUAGUUCACCAUCUCCUCAUUGUAGAUCACCACAUCAACUAUCUUCGUCUGGGCAACGUCGAUCAUCGUCACCUGCACAACGAAGGUCACCAUCACUUGAUAAGCAUAAUAGAUCACCAUCACCAUCUGAGCAUUGCAGGUCACUAUCACCAAUUAGACACAGUCGUUUACCUUCACCUGCUCGACAUCGUAGAUCACAAUCUCCUGAAUGGCAUCGUAGAUCACCAUCUCCUGAAUGGCGUCGUAGAUCACCAUCACCAAAAUGGAGUUGUAGGUCACCGUCACCAAGACAACGUCGUAGGUCUCCAUCUCCAAGACGACGUCGUAGGUCUCCAUCACCAAGACGACAUCGUAGGUCUCCAUCACCAAGACGACGUCGUAGGUCUCCAUCGCCAAGACGACGUCGUAGGUCUCCAUCACCAAGACGACGUCGUAGGUCUCCAUCACCAAGACGGCGUCACAGGUCUCCAUCACCUGUACGACGCCGAAGGUCACCAACUCCUAUACGACGUCGAAGGUCACCAACUCCUGUACGACGUCGAUGGUCACCAUCUCCAAUACGAAGUCGAAGGUCACCAUCGUCGCCGCGUCAUUACAGGUCACCAUCUCCACACCGUCGCAAAUCACCUUCCCUUGUGCGUCGUCAUAGAUCGCCAUCUCCAGCACACUACCGGAGAUCGCCCUCACCUAUUAAACACCACCCAUCUCGUUCUCCAGGGCAACGCUCUAUGUCACCUUCAUCCUCACCAAUACAGAAAUUUGAUAGGCCAUCACCACAUCCUCUAGAACGUAGAUCUCCAUCAUCUCCAGCACGUCUCAAGAGAUCAAGCCUUUCUCAACAUAGAUCCAUUUCACCAUAUGAUCAGAAUUAUUCAUCAAAGGAGCGGGGAAACCGAUCGCCUGUCAAAGUAAAAUCUCCCAGGGUCAGAACCAGUGAUGAAAGAAGCUACUCACGCCGAGGUAAAGCCAAGGAAACUGAGGCUCGGACUGUCGAAAAUAAUAAGGGUAGGAAAAGACACAGAAGAUCAGACAGGAGUGACACUUCUUCGGAGAGAAGACACAGAAGAUUAGACAGGCGUGACACUUAUUCGGAGAGAAGACACAGAAGAUCAGACAGGCGCGUCACUUCUUCGGAAGACAGCUAUGAUAGUGAAUUGGAGAGGAAGGAGGCCAGGAGAAGGAAGGAGGAGGAGGAGGAGAGGAGGUGUUGGAAGGAGAAGAAGCGACAAAGACGUGAAGAGCAUGGACGUAAAAAGGGAAAGCGGCGUGCUGAGAAGACGAAAGCUAAGACUCUCAGUGAUGAUUGCUCGGACGAUGGUCGAGCUGUAAGGGAAGUGUGUCGUCCGAGUGAUGGUGCGUAUGAGGCCGAGCAGAGAAGGUUAGAGGUCGAGUUGAGGAAUAAGGCACUGGAAGCAUUCAUUGCAAGGAAAGGGAGAAGGCAUAAUAAAUCUUCAGAAUAGUCUUUUCCUUCCACAUAAGAGCUCUUGAUAAAUGGUGAUUUCUUUGAUGUUCAUUUGAAUGCAAACUCAACACAGAUCUUUCUCCUUGCCUUUCUUGAGCUUGUUUUGGAGUUCUUUUAGAAUGGCAGCCUUACCUUAGCUACUUAGAGAAAAUCGUAUCGAAUCUUUAGCUCAA